GAUGUGCGCCCUGAGCCGUUGUUUGCUUGUUCCGAACGAGCAGUGGGAAGGUCACCAUCAUCCUGCAGACAGCUCCCAUUCUCGUCGCCCCAACAUCAACACUCGUCGCUCUGAUUGCAGUCCAGCUCCAUUACCAUUUGUUUCACACGGAAGGUUUCCUUUUUCAUUUUCAGAAGGAUCUCUCUGGAUUAGCACAGCAAUUGUAUGAUGCUCUUAUCCGGCAUUUAGCGCUGUUGCUGGAUGAGGAGUCAUGAUUUCAUCAGCUUUUGUCUGUGCCAAACUAUGAGGCUCUGAUCUUCCACUGAAACCGAGGUUUCCUUGAGCUAUAUAGAAUAUGUCCACCAUGGUUUAUCCAAGGGAAGAGAAGCUGGAGAAGCUUACACAGGAGGAGAUCAUCUCAAACACGAAGCUGGUGAUCCAGGGUCUGGAGGCCCUGAAGAACGAGCACAACUCCAUCCUCCAUAGCCUGCUUGAGACCAUCAAGUGCCUAAAGAAGGAUGAAGAGGCCAACUUGGUGCAUGAGAAGUCCAACCUGCUCCGCAAGUCAGUGGAGAUGAUUGAACUGGGCCUGGGAGAAGCACAGGUGAUGAUGGCUCUGUCCAACCACCUGAACGCGGUGGAGUCAGAGAAGCAGAAGCUGCGUGCGCAGGUGAGGAGGCUCUGCCAGGAAAACCAGUGGCUGCGUGACGAGCUGGCCAACACCCAGCAGAAGCUGCAGAAGAGCGAGCAGAAUGUGGCCCAGCUGGAGGAGGAGAAGAAACAUCUGGAGUUCAUGAACCAGCUGAAAAAAUAUGAUGAAGAUGUCUCACCCACUCAGGAGGAGAAAGACAGAGAAACACCAAAGGACUCCCUGGAUGACCUCUUCCCAAAUGAUGAAGAGGAGACUGGCCCAGGAAUGCAGCACCAACACAACAGUGCAGCCGUGGCAGCAGCCCAGCAGGGAGGCUACGAGAUCCCAGCCCGUCUGAGGACCCUGCACAACCUGGUGAUCCAGUACGCCUCCCAGGGCAGGUACGAGGUGGCCGUGCCCCUUUGCAAGCAGGCUUUGGAGGACCUGGAGAAGACGUCUGGACACGACCACCCUGACGUGGCCACCAUGCUCAACAUCCUGGCCUUGGUCUAUAGGGAUCAGAACAAAUACAAAGAGGCAGCCCAUCUGCUCAACGAUGCUCUGUCCAUCCGGGAGAAAACCCUGGGAAAAGACCAUCCUGCCGUCGCCGCAACGCUGAACAACUUGGCCGUCCUGUAUGGAAAGAGGGGGAAGUACAAGGAGGCCGAGCCUCUGUGUAAGAGGGCUCUGGAGAUCAGAGAAAAGGUCCUGGGGAAGGACCACCCAGAUGUGGCCAAACAGCUCAAUAACCUGGCUCUGCUGUGCCAGAACCAGGGCAAGUAUGAGGAGGUAGAGUACUACUACUGCCGCGCCCUGGAGAUCUACGAGUGCAGGCUGGGCCCAGAUGACGCCAAUGUGGCUAAAACCAAGAACAACCUGGCGUCCUGCUUUCUCAAACAAGGGAAAUAUAAGGAGGCUGAGAUUCUGUACAAAGAGAUCCUGACUCGUGCCCAUGAGAAAGAGUUUGGAUCUGUUGAUGCUGAGAACAAGCCCAUCUGGAUGCAUGCAGAGGAAAGAGAGGAGAUGAGUAAGGGCAAGCACAGAGACAACACUCCAUACGGAGAGUAUGGAGGCUGGUACAAGGCCUGCAAAGUCAAUAGCCCUACCGUGAACACCACCCUGAGGAACUUAGGGGCCCUGUACCGCCGUCAGGGCAAGCUAGAGGCUGCUGAGACCCUGGAAGAAUGUGCUGUGAGGUCUCGCAAGCAGGGCAUCGACCCCAUAAACCAGACACGUAUGGUGGAGAUCCUGAAGGACACAGAUGGCGACAGGCGGAGGAGCCGUGACAGCCUGUCCAGCGUUAAGUAUGAGAGCGGCUCUGAGACCGGCGAGGAAAUAUCUGACGUCUGCAGUGCACAGUCACCGACUGAGUGCAGUGCACCAGCUUCGGACCUUUUGGUACCAAGAGAGGAAAGAAAAACUGCUGAGUCAGUGUGACCGCAACCGCCCACCCACUGCAUCCCUGACCCGCUUCUCCUUAAGUGCAGCUCCUGUGCUGCUGGAUUUUCACAUCAGUUUGUUGCAGUUACAGAAACCUGGUGCAGGUCAGACAGGACAGGUUAUUGUAAGAAGCAGUUGCAGCUCAGAUUUCCAGAUGUGUAGGUGUCACAGUUGCAUCAGGAAGCUGAACCCGCCCAGAGCUCCUAUUCUUACAAUGUGUGCCGUUUUUGUCUUUUUGUCUCUUUCUCUCUUUCUCUUUUAUCAGGCCUAAGCCAUCAAGAUUAUUCCUCCAUCCUUCUCUCCUUCCCCAACACAAUAGUAAAAGGAUGUGUGUUGUCGUUCCCUCUGGCCUUCUCUGUCCCAACAAACCAAGCCCCUCUGCUGUCCCGGCACCCCCCUCCGCGGCAGAGCCUCAGAAAGCCCCCACCUGGUUGUCACCUCUGUCCCCAGUUCCACCGACCGCUGCCGGGACGUUUGGUCUUCUCUUCUCAUCUGUGCUCUGGUUUUUUCCCCCUCUCCCUCUCUUUCUCUCUCUCUUUCUCUCUCUUAACCUUCCGCCUCACUAACCAUGUGUCGUUCUCCAUGUCAGAAAUCAUUACGCGUACUCUUUCUCUCACUUAACAUUCAAAAUAGUCAGUGUAUGUAAUAUUACCCUGUGAGGAAGUCACUCGCACAUUUACCUUCUCUCCAACACCCACUUGUAAUUUUUAAUGGAUGCAGAGUUGAUUUAUUAGCUGGAUAGGAGAAGAGGGAAGAUGGAAAUAUAGAUUACUGGAAAAAGGAAAUGCUGAAAGAUUCUGAGGAUCAGUGCUUCCUUUGAAAGCAGCUUUAGCUCCAGACAUCGCUCCAACCCACAGUCAGAUGAAAACUAGCUGAUACUAUAGACUUAAUAUUAUACAAAAUAAUAUAUUUCCACCGUUGAUUUGAAACAGUCGCACGCUGAAUUUGUUUGUUGCCUUGAGAGCUCAGGGCACUUUCACACCACACACAACACGUAUUUGGAUAAAAACAACAUUGAAAAAUAGAAGAGUAAAAAGAAGCGCACAAGGCUCAAAGGAGUGGUUGCAGUGUGGAUAUAAUGUUAAAGCCACAAUGACGCUCAUUUGGCACAUUAAGUGUGGAGCACUGAACCUGAAGUUGGUGAUGCCGGUCGUAAAAAAACACAAUAUAACAGUUGAAAUGAAGUUAACAAAACCGUUCAUUCAUUUUCUCUCACAUGGAAAGACUACUACCGUAUACAUACAGAUGUCUUCAGUUCAGGAGGAUCGGCCUCGUAGGUGAUGGUGACAGGACGUAUGCAUGUCAUACACAUGUAAAACCAAAACUAACAGCAUCAAAUGUACAAUGCAACAAAGACAUGAACCUUGGUUUGGACCGUGAUCAAGACCUUUGAGGCUCUCAGCCUGUUUCAAAGUGACAAUUGACCUCAAAGCUAGAUUCCAACCGGCCUGUGUCACUUGUAUCUUAUUUUCCAUGCACCUUUUUACAAUUUCUGUUUCAACUCAAUGCCUGAGAUCAAACGCCUGAACAGAUGAAAUGGUACUGCAAAGCUACACAAGCCAAUCCGGACAUUUACAAUAAUUUCUUUCAAAAAUCUUCAGCCUAGUUGGCAGGAAAUGAGAAGGGAGCAUUACUGUUUUUGUUUUUAUAGACGUAUUUGAUUCGAGUUUUGUAUGAUUUUUGUUUACGUUUUUUUUAAAAGGAUACUUUUCGAUAGUUUUGUGGCUGAAUAUAAAGGUAGUAGUUUGUCAACAAUAACAUUGUGUUUACCUGUUGUGAAUGAGAAGAAAAACGCUCAGCACAAUUUAAGGCAAAGACCGACGGCAAAAUCGGUCCGAUCGCAGCAAGCUGUUGUUGCCAUAGUGAUUUAUCUUCAAGUUGCUCUCAGUUAUGUCCUUGGAUUGAUGGAGUAUUCACGCACGCUCUAUGUUGGCACACGAUGUACACAAAGGCUUGCAUUUACAAAGAAACUAGUCGAGGAGCACAGACCCCUGAAAGAUUGCCAUGAUAACAGAUUUCAAAAUAAAGGACACACAUGCCCAGAAUUGCCUUGAUUUGUUGGUGUAGGAAUAAUACUUAGAUUUAAUGGAAGCCUUGAUUCCACUGUAGUGUUAGUGUGUAUUCGUGUAUGUUUUGGUGGUACAGUCACAGUGCCCGCUCUGGCUAUGGUUACGGUAUUUUGAAAACAAAGCUCAAUGGGGUGUGUUGCCUUUUUUCUUACACGGUUGUUUUGCAACAUCGUCGUUUUGGUGAAUCAUGUUUUUAGCCACCAGAGGUACAAGUGCAAGUCUUUUCCUCAAGAUCAACAUGUUAUUUGAGAUGUUUAACUAACUGAAUGUACUUUAACAUCUUGGAAGUAUAAUUGUAGGCUGUAUUUAUAGAUUUGUCAAGUGCAUUGACUAUUAUAUGGCUUUUCAGUAUGCUACUUGCCUUGAUUCUUCAUUCCUUCCAAUGAGUCCACCUAUACUUCUAAAGCAACUCCUGAACAAAAGAAGAACUGACUAUGUUCAUCACAUAAUUAUGACAAUAUUGUUGUGUUAGUGGAAUGCUUAUUUAUUGAACUGUCUAUUCUUGACAUAUAUAGUGUGACUUCAGUUUCCUCAAGUGGAAGAACAUUAAUGGUAAGGUCUAUAAGCACUAUCUUAGUAAGUAGGACUGCAUUAUAUUUACCAUUCUGCAUUGUGAAGACUAUUGCAUCAACACUUGUUGGUAUUCUCAAAUAAAGUUUUUCAUUUGUGAA